CGUCACACACACAACGUUUCCCUCUACGUAGAGCAUCACACGCUGUUUCGAGCCUGUGGCUCACUUUCCACAGCUCCGACGUGUCAGAGGUGACGACAAAGGUGAUGGUCCAGGAAGAGAGCUCCCUGGGUCAGCGAGAGCGCGUUGAGCGCCUGGUGGGUCGCCUCAUACACGCCCUCCACGCCUCCACCCACCGCACCUACGCCCACGCUACCACCCUCCGCGCCCACAUACUCCCUCUCACCAAUGUUGCACUCAACAAGGACGCCACUCUGAGUCAGGUGGUGUCGGGGGCGUGGGACAGCUGUGGGCGGCAGCUGGUGACAGGUGGGGUGGACAAGACCGCUAAUGUGCUCCACCUGCCCACCCUCACUCAUACACUCCAGCUGGAUGACCAUGGAGGAGAGGUCACCAAGGUGGCCUUCAACGCAGCUGGGACGCGAGUCAUCACUGCUGGUGAGGACGGUUACCUGAGGCUGUGGGACGCUCACGAUGGACGCUGUGUUCAGGAGGAGCGAGGCCAUGACGAAGAGAUCUUCUCCCUGCAGUGAGUUACACUGGUGACGUCUUAGUGACGGGCAGCCGCGACAACACCUGCGUCAUCUGGCGUCACGCCCACCGUCACGACCCACCAGAGAAGUAAAAAACCCACCUGCGUCACCUGUGACGCAA